AUGACUAAGGAAGGGGAUGAAUUGAAGGAUCAAAUGGACGACAUCGAGAACAAAGCUAAAACAUUAACAAUGGUCUCGAUUUUGGAAGCUAGGUUGAAAAUGGUGGAGGAUGUUCAGAAGAAUAGAGUUGAUUCCUGGGAUAAGACCAAGUUAGAGCAGGCUCUGAAGAAGUUUAAGGGUGGGGAACAUGUUAGUGAGAAGGUUGGAGAGGAGAAUGUUGAGGACCAGGAUGUUGAGGGUUCGAAGAAAGGAGAUGACAUGGCUUCUUGA